CGUGCGGCAGGCCGGCGCACGCCGGCACAGGGGCGCGGCGCGGCCGCGUGCGGCAGUGGCCAGCGCCAUGUUGGCGGGCUCGCGUGCCCCUUUGCUCGCGUUAGCACUCUUAACCGCACUUUACACAGGAUGGUGUUCGGAGGACGAAGAGCGGUUGGUCCGCGAUCUUUUUCGCGGGUACAACAAACUCAUCCGACCUGUCCAGAACAUGACGCAAAAAGUAGACGUUCGAUUUGGCCUUGCCUUUGUUCAACUCAUUAAUGUUAACGAGAAAAAUCAAAUUAUGAAAUCAAAUGUAUGGCUGCGUUUAGUAUGGAUGGACUACCAAUUAAUGUGGGACGAAGCUGAUUAUGGGGGUAUCGGAGUACUUCGGUUGCCGCCUGAUAAAGUUUGGAAACCGGACAUAGUACUUUUCAACAACGCCGAUGGCAACUAUGAAGUUCGAUAUAAAUCCAACGUUUUAAUUUAUCCAAAUGGAGAAGUUCUUUGGGUUCCACCGGCUAUUUAUCAGAGUUCAUGUACAAUUGAUGUUACCUAUUUUCCAUUUGAUCAACAAACGUGCAUUAUGAAAUUCGGCUCUUGGACUUUCAAUGGCGAUCAAGUGUCCCUUGCACUAUACAACAAUAAAAAUUUCGUCGAUUUAUCCGAUUACUGGAAAUCUGGAACCUGGGAUAUAAUAGAAGUACCCGCUUAUUUGAACAUUUAUGAAGGCAAUCAUCCAACAGAAACCGAUAUUACCUUUUAUAUAAUCAUAAGAAGGAAAACUCUAUUUUAUACGGUUAAUUUAAUUUUGCCCACUGUGCUUAUAUCGUUCCUUUGCGUUCUUGUAUUUUACCUGCCUGCUGAAGCCGGAGAAAAGGUUACCUUGGGUAUCAGCAUUCUUCUAUCGUUGGUUGUGUUCCUAUUGCUAGUGUCAAAGAUUCUUCCCCCGACGUCUUUAGUGCUUCCACUUAUUGCCAAAUAUCUGUUGUUUACAUUUAUCAUGAAUACUGUGAGUAUUCUCGUCACUGUAAUUAUCAUCAACUGGAAUUUCCGAGGCCCAAGAACGCACAGAAUGCCUCUUUGGAUACGCAGCGUCUUUCUCAACUACUUACCGACCCUUUUAAUAAUGCGACGACCCCGAAAGACGCGUCUCAGAUGGAUGAUGGAAAUGCCUGGAAUGGGGGCACCACCGCACGCUGCUGCGCCUCAUGAUUUACCGAAACACAUAAGCGCCAUCGGAGCGAAGCAAAGUAAAAUGGAAGCAAUGGAGUUAUCAGAUUUACAUCACCCAAACUGCAAAAUAAGUAGAGCAGCUGGUGGAGGAGGAGAGGUUGGAGCCCUAGGGGGGCUAGGCGCUCUCGGUGGCCUUGGGCUUGGAGAAAGACGGGAGUCGGAAAGCUCUGAUUCAUUACUUUUAUCACCUGAAGCGGCUAAAGCAACUGAGGCUGUUGAAUUUAUCGCAGAACACCUACGAAACGAGGACCUUUACAUACAGACACGAGAAGAUUGGAAAUAUGUCGCAAUGGUGAUCGAUAGACUUCAGCUCUAUAUAUUUUUCUUAGUGACGACAGCCGGUACUGUUGGAAUAUUAAUGGACGCUCCACAUAUCUUUGAAUACGUAGAUCAAGACCGAAUCAUCGAAAUAUACAGAGGAAAAUAAAAACUUAUACUUCAAAACUAACGCUUGAUGAUAUGGCUAUAAACAAAUUUAACUAUAUCUAAUAAAAAUUUAGUAUUAUUAAAAUAAAUUAUUUAAGUCAUGAUAGGGAGACAUAACAAUAUUUUUUCUUAUCGCCUGCAACUAAUCAGUUGUCAAACAGUAAAAUCACUUAUAAUUAUACUUAUCAUAUUGUUCUUAUAGGUAAUACGAAUACCUAUGUUAUGUAAAAUUCACCUCAUAAAAAUGCUAGAGUAAAAAAAUAGUGGUAUGUGUAGAAAAGCAAGAAAAUUAAAUUUGUUUAAUUAUGUAUUUUACUUUAUUUAUAAUUGUUCAAUAUUUAUUAAACAAAAAAAACUAUUCCUUAGUAAAUUUUAUGCUCAAUUAAUCAAAUUUAUCAACUUUUCUCUUAAAAUAAAUUUCGCGUCGUAAAAGGCUCAAAUAUAUUGUUACUUGUAUGUAUAACAUUAAAGUGUGUUUUUAGAUACCAAAUUUUGAAUAAUGUAUUGAAUACCCUUAGCGCUUUAGCUGUGUAUCUAUUUAUUACUAACAUAAGUAGGCUAAAUGUAACUGAUAGAAUUAUGAAAUGGCUGUGUUCGUUUUAUUAAAAGUAUCCACCAUGACAACUUUAUGUAAUUUUAUACUUUGUCAAAUUGGAUAUGAAGUAGAUUUUCAAGUGUUAAUUUAGGUACUUAAGGCGUCAGUGGUGACAAUUCUGGUGAACUAUCUAGUUAACAAAGCAAAACAUAAAAACCUUAUUAUAAAUAUUUUCUUAUGUUGCUUCAUAUUAAUGUUCGCUUUAUGAUGCUCUGUGACUAAAGAGGUCCGUUAAAUGCUCUUCUCUUCAUUUCAGCAAUAGUAAAAUUUAGGAAAUUAGAUUUUAUACAAUUUUUAUUCAUUGCAGUAUUACUAAGUACCUACACUUGAAUUGCCAUCGCCGGCAUUAAAAAUUAAAACUUAAAUAGAAUAAAGGUACCUAUUGAAAAUUAUUGUUUCUUUUUAUGUAGCUCUAUCUACCUGUUAUAGUAUAAAUCUAUUUAAUGCAUGAUCUAUUGUUACGAGGA